UUUAAGGAGUGGUCAAGAGGAACAAGGGCGAAAGUUUAGCCGGAGAAUCUCUUCCAACCGGGCGAUUCAGGCCAGCUUCUCUUCCCCGGGACAGAAGAGCAGCGAGCGAGUCUUCUCCACAGCCAUGGCGUCCGUCUCCAGGGAUCUGUCCGUACAUGUGCACGAGGACGUCAACAUAACAAAGCUGAACGACAGACAGCAGUUCAUCAAGAAGGGAGAGACCAAAUCCAUGGGGGUGUCGCAGAUGAUGUUAGGGCUGAUGGUAAUGUCCUACUCCAUUCCACUCCACUUCACCGAGUUCACACAGGUGGUCAGCUUGGGAGUGCCCUGGUGGAGCGGCAUGUCGUUCAUCACAGCUGGAGCAGUCACCAUCUUUGUGCAAACAAACUGGAACAGCAAGACGUUGGGACUGUGUAUGACGGUGAGCGCGCUGUCCGCCUUGCUGUCGGUGGUGGCCCUCAUCAUUUACUCGGUGGACUUGGAGAAGAAUCCGGAGGUCCCGUGUGUGACGUCGCAGUAUCAUCGCUGUGAUGAGAAACACUACGCAAGUAGGCUGAACAGAGGAGUAAAGUCGUUUCUUCUUCUCUUCACCUUGGUGCAGACAGUCGUCUCCUCCGUCCUCUGCUUCCUUCUCCACAGGGAAAGAGCCAACUUUGGACAGUACACUAAUCUUGCUCACAGUCACUCAGCGAUCAUGCCAGACGGCAUCAGCCCUGCCUUGGACUAGCCGUCAUGGGACCAGGCACUACUUGGUCUCUGGCACUGUUUCCUGUGUGAAUUCACUACAGGGAGUAGAGGGAGAAACCAUCAAGGAGGAAAGGAAGGAGGGAUUCGAGAGAUGAAAUUAACGCAGCUUGUCAAAGCCCCGAGGUUCACCAUAAUAUUUCAGUCAUACUAGAUUAAACUCGGCAAAGACGAACAGAAAGACCAAAAGAGUGGGAGACAGAAGAAGUGGAGGAAAAGAGAAAUGGAUUAGAUGAAUAUUUGUACAAACAAAGGGAAUGAAACUGAGCGUUGGUUGUAAAAAAAAAGGUUUUGCUUUCUAUUUUGAUUCAGCUGUCUCUCUCCAUCAGGAGCUGGGAGGAACUUGAUGCACAGAGACAGAAAGAGGUUCUUGCUGGAAAUCGAGUGUUCACAGUGAAUUCUCUCCCUUUUCUUCUGUUGGAUUUCCCCCCAUUUUUCUCCCCAGUUGUAUCCGGCCAACUAAUUAACCCCACUCUUCCGAACCGUCCCGGUCGCUGCUCCACCCCCUCUGCAGAUCCAGGGACAGCUGCCGACUACCACAUGCCUCCUCCGAUACACGUGGAGUCGCCAGCCGCUUCUUUUCACCUGACAGUGAGGCGUUUCACCAGAGGGACGUAGCGCGUGAGAGGAUCACGCUAUUCCCCCCCCCCUUCCCCGAACAGGCGCCCCGACCGACCAGAGGAGGCGCUAGUGCAACGACCAGGACACAUACCCACAUCCGGCUUCUCACCCGCACACACGGCCAAUUGUGUCUGCAGGGACGCCCGACCAAGCCGGAAGCAACACAGGGAUUCGAACCGGCGAUCCCCAUGUUAGACGCCCAACUAUCUCUUUGUUUUUAAAGUGGUCACACACCUUUUUACUUAAAAUACGGAGCCUGAGAUGUGUUGCUUACCUGAAGCAAAAUUCUUUUGGAAAUGUCAAACAGCCGUUGAACAGAGCUCCACUUCCCGCGGCCGGGUCAUGGAGAGAUCUGUAUGUCUGACAUGUUUGUUACCUUACUGUUCUGGACAGUAGUGUAACGUGCAUGGAUAAGUAGACACGCUGGAUCGCGGGUCUGACCCUUUAGUCUAGCGGUUAGCGAUGCCUCCUGCGGUGCGGGCGAUACGGGUUCGCUUCCCGGCCGCGGCAGUUCCUGUGGUUGCCCCCCGAAUUCGCUACAGCAUAAACGUACAUAGUUAGUUUACUGCAAUUGCAAUUUAGUGCCACUUGCUGGCAGCACCGAGUUUGUUGUAAUUGACCUCGCUUAGGCUCAGGAAGCAGGAAGUACUGACAUUGCGGCGUGAACAGAGAUAACCGGACAGCUGUCAACAAUUUCCCUUCACCUUCUCUUCAGCUCCUUGUUUGAAGCAAAGCCUGUGAGUGUUUUGUUUGAGAGUCUGUCUAGUAACAUGGUGAGCAUGAUAUUUCGGAGCCAAUGCAACAUUCAACUUUGUUUUAGUGUUCGUGAUAUCUGCUAGCUAAACAGCAUGGCCCAGGGCAGGUUUGAUGACUAUGCAACUACCAGCUAUCACCUAAUUAAUCCCUGCUCUUCAUAGUUUGUUCCUUACUAUGUGGAGAUCCAUAAUGAUUAAUACAUUGUACUGUAAUAUACUCACUUUUAGUUUUCUUUGUAUUUGAUACAGCUAAUUCCGUGGGUCUGUUCUACUGAAUGUAUAAUUGAAUGUACAUCUAAAAAUAUGUACCAAAUACCUGAAACGUAUCCUUUGUAUAGCUUCACAGGUUUUUCUGACUAAACUUCAUGAAAGGAUACUUGGUGUCAAGUUGGGUUUUUUGAAGAACUGUUUUAACUGUUCUAGAUGUGGGGUACUUGGGAUUUAGUAGCCCCCCAUCUAAUUUUUUAUUUUAUAUACUUACCUUCAUUGACCACUCACUAAUAGUAAAGAGGAGAAUUGUCUGCUGUGUUGUUGUGAUAGCCGGUUCUCGCCACAGGAGGGCACUGCAGGUUAAUUGCUUCUAGCCUGUGUGACGUAGUGCUGGCUCUCGCCGUGCACUCUGGGACAUAGAGUCGUCAGAUGAGUGUUGCCGUUCGUAUA